GGACGAGCAAAAGCAAGGGCGCGGUCACGAUCGUUGUGCGUUAGGCUGGGGUUCUCACGCUCUUCGACCUCCUCCGCCACUACCAUGGGCAAGAAGAACGCCUUUCGUCCUCGCUCCAAUGCUCGACACGGUUAUGGCCCAGGUCAUUCAGGGAGAGGAAGAGGAUCUGCGCAACUAAGAAGUCAUGUAAACGCGGAGAUCGACGAGCGGCGGCCUGAGAGUGCUGUGGAUGUUGAGGAAGACGGUUCGUCUGCUGAAGAGGGUGAAGAAGGCGGGGAGAGUCCUUCUACUGAGGAUGAGGAGAGCGGGCCAGAGAUCGAAAUAAAUGUUCCUGUCGCAAUGUGGGAUUUCGACCAGUGCGACCCUCGUCGCUGCUCAGGAAAACGACUAGCACGGCUGGGACUAAUCAAAGAGCUCAGAAUCGGUCAACGGUUCAGAGGUAUUGUCGUAUCUCCCAAAGGUAGACAAAUUGUUAGCCCAGCGGACCGCGAGCUUGUUUUGCAAAGUGGCAUAGCGGUCGUUGAAUGUUCAUGGGCUCGGCUGGAGGACGUCCCUUUCGGCAAGAUUGCAAGUCCACAUGAACGACUUCUUCCAUACCUGGUGGCCGCAAAUCCGGUCAACUACGGCAAGCCAUGGAGAUUAAACUGCGUAGAAGCGAUCGCAGCCGCAUUCUAUAUCACAGGGCUUGACGACUACGCAAACCACCUUAUGAGCAAGUUUGGCUGGGGUUCGGCAUUCUGGGAUAUCAACAAAUCCUUUUUUGAACAAUAUCGUACUUGCAGCUCAGCUGAUGAUAUCGAGGCAAUGCAGAACAAAAUCAUGCAAGAUCUCGAAGCUUCGUAUCAACAGUCGCGGAGCGAAGGGGCAUCUGCAUAUGGAGAUGACCUUCUGGUGGAGAAUCCAAAUCAUCAAGCUGUCAUCAGCUGAUGGACUGUCCCCCGCGAUCAAUUACAUUCGUGUCGAAUAUGCGUCAACGAAGCCUAUACAUCUCUAUAUAGAGAGGCAGCAAAGCACGUGUUGUACAAUUUGGCGGGUUGUGAGUAGGAUAUCUGACGUGAUGGUACUAGAUGAGCGCGAGAUGGAAAGUGGUGCGUAUAUAUGCUUCGUAGCACAUCUAGACAAAGUCCUUGUUGGAAUGAGUAUUGUGGCCCCAACACCAUUGACCACGGG